GCUGAGGCAGACUUGGCUCUAGCAAUUAUUUCGUCGAGUGGCAUGCAAGCCCAUCGACUUGGCAUAGAAGUAGAUGAGCUGCACGCGAGGGUGCAGAGGGACAAGAUUGGCUUUAUUGUAAGACAGCACCCCACUCGACAGAAACGCUCGACAAAUGAGGCCUUUCCAACAACAACCAAAGGCCAAUCAUUCGCUCCACGGCAGAUAAUCGUCAAAUACACUCGCCGGGGAAACGCCUUCCAAACUGGGAACCUUCGCAGAUCAACCGGAGACGUUGAGCGCUUUGGGCAGGACGUGGCCCAAGCUGAGGGCUUGAUAAGUGCAUGGGCUUCGCCGUUGGCAGGACGGUGCUUCAUCGUCGGGAGGGCGGAGCUUGUCGUCAAGAAGGAGCUGUCUUCUGUGUCAGUGCUAGAAAUCGUGUCUGCAGAGCGGGCGGGUCUUCCCCUUUCUGCGAGGCCAAUGAGAGAAUUUGCGAAGCGGAAGCAGGCUCAGAAGUACUAUUUUCUUGUCGAUAGGGUUGUACAAAGUGGCAAGGCGAUGUUCUCAUCAGACUGAGCAUUGGCGACAUGCGAGCGCUGGACUUUGUGAGGCCUUCAGCUCGAUCGACGUUAAGACAAGCCCUUCCCCUUUUUUCAGGAAGGGAGUCACGAAGCAACAAAGUUGAACACUUGCUUGAUACAGGUGAGAAAGUAGCUCAGCAGGGAGGCGGAGUCUUCCUUUCCCCCUUGACUGGUGGUAAGCAGGGAGAUGGCGCGGC